AUGAUUGAAUCUAUAAGGAUUAUAUUAGUAUUAACUAAUGAAGAAACAAAGUUGAUAGAUAUCACUAACACUGCUUGGAAUAUUCUUAAGAUCGAACGAAAGAAAAAUAUUCUAAUUGACUCGUAUUCGAUUUUUAUAGGACAAGAAGCUAAAUUCGAAACUAAAUCAUCUUUAAUUAAUAGUCUUUUCAUUAUGUGGGUUUGGUUCUGUGUAAUACUGCGCCUAGUUAUACAAGGAGAUUUGACGAGUGGCUUACAAAAUACAUUACUGGAGCCUCCUAUGUCAUCUAUGGAAGAUGCGAUAAAACAAGUAGAUGGUUAUGGAGGAGGGGAGAUAUUUAAGAAUAUGUUUAAAGGUACUAGAUUAGAAAAAGAUUACAAAAUAGUUAGUCUAGAUGACACUUAUAUCUACCUUAAUAAUCUUGUGCAAGGACAAAGAUUUAUUUUACUAACUGACAAGGUAGCAGUUAAUUUAGUAAACAUAGGUACUGAUUUUCAAUUCAUUGGUCCGACAAGUUUUAGUAUAGUUGCUUGCUAUUAUAUAAGACCGGGCUGGCCAGCUGCAAAAAGAAUAAAUAACCUCAUUCAAAGGGUGAUUGAAGUAGGAUUUAUUAUAAAAGCCACUAGGGAGAACCAACAUACUAACAUGUUAAAAUUAAAUAUUACUCUUGAAACUGGAACGCUUCAUGAUCCUCACAUGAUUAGUUGUAAUAAUUAUUGA